AUGGCGACCUCAUCAGCGCCGCCCAAGCCCGUAGUCGGCAUUCUGUCACUCGGAGAAAUGGGCACCGGCAUCGCUCAACUGCUCAUGGCCAACGAUUAUAAGGUAGCAACUUGUACAGCCGGUCGAAGCAAAUACACCUUGAAGCGCAUCCAGAAGUCGGGCAUAACAGCCUACGAUACUGAUGUUGAGCUGAUCGCCGCCGUGGACAUCCUUUUAAGCAUUGUGCCUCCCCGGGAUGCAACCGCAACAGCCAUCCGCGUCCUUGAGGCCAGCCGCAACCAGGAAGCCAUCAAAUCCUGGACAGAUCGCAAGAUCGAUUCACCAGAUGCCAAGCUUGUGUUCGUUGACUGCAACGCCGUCUCUACACGUACCACGCGCAGCAUCCACGCCCUCUUCGCGCCCAAAGAAGACCAAGAGCCGCGGUCUCCCAGCCCAGCGACCCCAUCCCCUUCCGAACCACUACAGUCCCCCUCUGCAGUACCCCGACGCUUCUCCCUAUCGCGAGUCCUCUCCUUCCGUUCUGCCGCUGCCGAAUCCGCCCCGGCCCCUCCUCCACCCAUCCCCGUUGCCUUCCUCGACGGCGGCAUUAUCGGCCCACCCCCCAAACCCAAGCCUCAGCCCUCUAGCAGCGAGGGUGGCUCUUCCUCCUCCACAAUCCCCGAAUGGAUCCUUCCCUCCCUGGUUAUCUCCGGUCCUCACGUCCACACGCACCUCCCCUCCCCCAUCCGUAAAACCCUCAACAUGACGGUCCUCGACCACAGGAUCGGCACCGCCUCCACCCUCAAAUCCUGCUUCGCCUCCAUGACCAAAGGCAUGAGCGCCCUCGCCACCAUCUCCUUCGCCACCGCGCAACAAGCCAACGUCCUCCCCCACCUAACCUCCCACCUAGAGAAAUACUCGCCGAAACUCCUCGAGCACGCCCGCGGCUCCCUUCCCGGCAUGCCGCCCAAAGCCUACCGCUGGGUCGAGGAGAUGCGCCAGAUCGGCAGCACGUUCGCCACGGAAGGUGGCUUAGAGUGCGGCGAGGAUGUCUUCAAGGGUGUUGCCGAGCUGUAUAGGUUUGUGGCUGAGGACACGGUGCUAGGAGACGAGAGGGUCGAGUCAAGGAAGCGUGGGCGCACGGCGGAGGAUGUGGCGGGUGCGAUUGGCGAGGCGGUGCAGAAGAAGCGGAAAGGCAAUGGUGCCGAAGGUGGAAACGGUGAAGAGGAAUUGAGGUUGGCUUGGAGGGGAAGCUGGAGUUGA